AUGUUCACAGGCGGUCGUGUGUUCAUAACUUCUAUAUCAACGAACUAUUUACAAAAGGCUAUAGUGAUAGCCAUCAGAUAUUCGGCUGUGAGGAGACAGUUUGGUCCGGAGAACUCCAGUGUUCAAGAGAUCGCAGCAGGUCGUGGUAUAGAGGUGCACGCUCUGUCGUCAGCGGUGAAGCCGGUGUGUGGUUGGGGCGCCCGGGACGGCAUACAGGCGGCCAGGGAUGCUUGCGGGAGACACGGCUACCUCACGGCGGCGGGUAUCUGUGAUCUCCGUAAUGAUAACGACGCCAACUGCACGUACGACGGUGAGAACAGUCUAUUGCUGCAGCAGACGAGCAACUGGCUGCUUUCCGUGUGCCCAGGAGGGGAAAAUAACAUCUAA